AUUCCUCGUGAAUAACCAUAUUUAUUUUAGCGAAAUAAUGUUAUAUUACAGUCACUUCUUGACGCUUAAUUGAGUUCAAUUUAAACUGACGACUCCACAUGACAGGUCGGGUAUUCUCGGUGCUAACGGAAAGUGCCGAUGUUUGUUUUUCAUCACAUGCACGCGGAAUGACGUCACAGCUGCCUCUUUCCGCAAGGUCAUAAAUGGCCGAACAAGAAAAAUCUAACAUCAACAAAAUAUCCAAAUUAAUCAACGAAAUGAGGGGUAGAGGUAGCAAAAAAAGAUCGCAGACCCAAAACUCGACAACUCAGAAUACUACAGCGAAAAGAAAAAAGGUGGAUGAGAGCAGUCAGACCGAAAAUGAUGUUGAACAUGUCAGGCUAUGUGACGCCGAGGAUUCAGAAAACCCGGAUAUAUGGAUCCUGUCUGAUUCGAUUCUUUACUGGGCCGGCAAAAGAGCAAAUGAUAUGGGCCAGCCGAACUUGAGCUUACCAAACAAUACAUCUAUCGGAUGGUUUGGGGUCAGGGGCCUUAAAUGGAUAGACUUUCACAGGCAGCUGCAACGGAGAAUGUUACAAAACACAAGCCCGAGGGUAAUAGUUAUUCAUCUCGGUGGCAACGAUCUUACAUCGAUCAGUAUUUGUAGCUUAAUUAGAAAAGUGUCCGAAAGUAUUCGGUAUUUAUUCCAGACAUUUCCUGACGCUGUUAUUGUUUGGCUAGAUAUUUUCCAAAGGAUUUUAUGGUCCGGUGCUGAAUCUGUCAAAAGUGUCGAGGUUAAACGGAAACGUAUAAACUACAUCGGUCUUAAACUCGUAAGUGAAAAUAGUCGAGGAAGACACUUCACAAUAGACAUAGACCACAAAAACAGCGCUUUAUUUAGGCCGGAUGGUAUUCACCUUUCAGACACUGGUCUUGAUUUAACUCUAGAGGCAUUAAAAAGCUUUCUAAUACAGUUUGCUCGCUAGAAUUUGGCGGAAAAAGAAAAAAAUGAUUUCUAGAAUUUGGCGGAAAAAGAAAUAAAAAUCUAUUUUCUUUCUUUUUUGUGGCGGAAAUUCUAGCUUCACACGUGCUUGUAUAAAAAGUAACCCUUACUUUCUUUUCAUUUUGAAUAUACUUGUGUAUAACGUAUGCUAAAGCCUCCCCCGUUAUUACUGCACAGCAAAAAUCGAAAUUUUACUAGUUCAUUGUGUUGCACAUGGUAUAAGCGCAGUUGUGCAUGGUAUAAGCACAGUAUGGUGUAAGCGCAGUAUGGUGUUGUGCAUGGUAUAAGCACAGUCUGGUGUUGCGCAUGGUAUAAGCGCAGUUGUGCAUGGUAUAAGCACAGUAUAGUGUUGCGCACGGUAUAAGCGCAUUUGUGCAUGGUAUAAGCACAGUAUGGUGUUGCGCAUGGUGUAAGCGCAGUAGGGUGUUGUGCAUGGUAUAAGCACAGUCUGGUGUUGCGCAUGGUAUAAGCGCAGUUGUGCAUGGUAUAAGCACAGUCUGGUGUUGCGCACGGUAUAAGCGCAGUUGUGCAUGCUAUAAGCACAGUUUGGUGUUGCGCAUGGUAUAAGCGCUGUUGUACAUGGUAUAAGUUUAGUUUAUUGCUCGCGCAUGGUAUCUAAGCAGGUUUAGGUGUAAUAAUUUGUAUCACUGUAGCGUCCGAUCUAAGGCGCCUUUUAGUCACGCGGUAAUUCGGGGGAGAGCUUUUAUAAAUUUAAUUUUCCACGGUCUAGGCAUUUAACGAGGAAGCACAUUUGGAGCUAGAAUUUUGCAAAGAAAUUUUUGGCAGCAUAUUAGGUUUUUCACGUAGCGGCCACAUUUCUCCACUCUAUAGAAACUUUCAGCUGUUCAGGACAAGCGCAAGAACUUUGCUAUUUUUUCCAGUGAAUGAACUGUUUUUAGGACGUUGAUCAGAUCGAGCUGUAGCCUAUAUGGUAACUCAGUGGAUCUGACUUUAUUAAGACGAUCUAACCGCAGCCUUAAUGGUACCUCGGUAGAUCUAUAUAAAAGUUUAAUUAUUGAUGAAUGGACAUUGGUAUAAUAUAUGAAGUGAACUUAACAUAGUGUUGUUUAUUCAUUUAUAGCAGAAUAUUUUUACAGUUGGUUCAAAAGCAAAGUAGCAACCAAUUAUCUGUGUGAUUAUAGGGUAACUUGUGAUCCCGCUGUGUCCGUAUUUCCGAGGUAGCAUCAGCAAUUUGUGAUCGCCCUGUGUCCGUAUCUCCGCUUUUAAAAUCAAAUGAGUCUUAAAAUAAUUGUGGUUAUUCCUCGUGAAUAACCAUAUUUAUUUUAGCGAAAUAAUGUUAUAUUACAGUCACUUCUUGACGCUUAAUUGAGUUCAAUUUAAACUGACGACUCCACAUGACAGGUCGGGUAUUCUCGGUGCUAACGGAAAGUGCCGAUGUUUGUUUUUCAUCACAUGCACGCGGAAUGACGUCACAGCUGCCUCUUUCCGCAAGGUCAUAAAUGGCCGAACAAGAAAAAUCCCACCCACCCAGUCCCCUUUUUUAUUAUAAUGAUAA